AUGUCAGCUAUUACACUCGCUGAAUUUACUCACCUCCUAUCACUUUCUCGUCCUCCGACCGGGUGGGGAAAGUUUAUUACCGUGGCUCUCUCCGGUGGCCCCGACUCCAUCUGUCUCUUAUCUCUACUCAAACGAGCCUCGUUGGACGUACCGCUCCGGUCUAUCACCAUCGACCAUGGACUACAGCCUACGUCUCGCGAUUCUGCUCUGCGCACCCGUACGCGCUCGGAAGCGAUUGGUGUGCCUGGUGUGAUUCUCCCUGCCGAGUGGAAUAGGGGCAAACCAAGUCCAGGGGAAGCCGUUGAAGAGGCGGCGAGAGAUGCGAGGUACCAGGCUCUUUGGCGCGGCCUACAAUUGUACGAUGGUCCCGGCACAGUCAUGUUUGGACACCAUGCAGACGAUCAACUCGAAACCGUCAUCAUGCGUGUUUUGAGAGGAACUGGUACGUAUGGCCUAGGUGGUAUGCGCGCCGUCCGGCGGUGGGGAUGGGUGGGCGUAGAGGAUUGUGGCCUCUUGCAAACCCGCACGAGCGAAUCCAGGGCGGAUCAUGCUCUCCGAGGCAUGCAAACUUAUAUCUCCCGCCCGUUAUUAACCAUUCCCAAAGAACGAAUACUAGCUACGUGCCGUGCAUAUAACUUGGAUUAUGAGCAGGAUGUUACAAACUUUAUGCCCGAUUUGACCGUAAGAAAUGCGGUGCGAUACGCGCUUACCGGCGCGCACCAUUCUGUUUUCACCAAUGGGAUACAUACACCUAAUCUCGCCAAGAGGACACUUAAUUCUCUGCCUAUCGUUGGAGUACUCAAUUCUAGUCAUGUGGAUAGAAUAGCCAGGGACACUGUGGAUGGAGUACGCGACUCUAUUUCGAUUGAUAGGAUACAAGCUGCUAUCAGCCAUGUGCAUACACUCGCCGGCGGCACGGGUGAACCCAAUCUGGACCUUAUGCGUGCAUACGUAGGGAAGAUGUCUGUCAGGGUACGACAGGUUGAUGGGAUCGGUGUGUACAAUUCAAAGGCUCUGCUUGGGAUUGAUGAUUCUACCUUGUUUCUAGUAACCAAUUACUUGCAAACGUAUACUCGGCCUUCACCACCUUCGACGUUGCUCCUUGUCCCUCCUCCAAAACAGCAAAUAGAAACAGAUGUGACGCACGCAUUAAUCCACCGGAUCCUUCGAUACACCUCUCCUCAUCCAUGGGGAGCACCUGAGAGCGAGGCACACAGGCGGAAAGCAAGCAUCGAGCGAAUCGCCCACAGGAUUUUUGACGAAACUGAACAACCAACCAGUUUCUGCGCAGGCGCACAGGUACUCUGGUCCCCAGUCUGGGUGAGAAAAGACGGUGGCAUCCGAACACGUCGAGCAGGGGACGAACACGGUGGGAGAACCAAAGCCUGGCUCGCAAGUCGUCAACCGCCCAGCGCAUUGACGUCCCUUGACCGCCAAGUCGGCCCUGGUGAGACUCUUGUCGUAUGGGACAAUCGAUUUCUCAUCCGCGUGCCCGAUUCGGGUAUCUGCAUCCAUUCUCGGCUCGUCGUCCGUCCUCGAGGCCGGUUCGUCCUUCCCCACCUGGUUCGAAACGACCACGUAGUGGACGAUUGUGGGGUUGAGUUUGUUCGCGAACUGGGUGCGAUCUAA